ACAUGUGCUGCAGCUGGUGGGGGGUAUGGUGAAUAUCUGGGGAUUAUGUGGGUACAACUUUUAGGUUGUUCCGGAUCACCUACACCUACCUGCGUCUGAUGAUUGUGUGCUGACUCUCUGCUGAACGUUCUGGUGAUACAGUCCGAGGCUUCGCUUCAAACACACACUUUGCAUAAGAGGAUUAAAUUAUUUCUUACAUUUAUCUGCUAGCUGGCGUGGUAGGUGUGGGAACACAGUUAGUUGCAGCAGAAUUACUGAACGAACCAGGCACACCCAGAAUUCCAGAAAGUUUUUGCAAGUCAUGGCCGCCAAAGCAAAGUUGAUCUAUUUCGAUGGUCGAGGUAGAGGUGAAAUCAUUCGUUUCACUCUUGCGGCUGCAGGAGUCGAGUUUGAAGAAGUCUUUCUGACAGAGAGGGAACAGUUCCUGAAACUUCGAGAUGAUGGUGAACUCUUGUUCAAUCAAGUACCUGCUCUCAUGAUAGAUGGACUGAAGCUCGUCCAGGUCGGUGCUAUCUGUAGAUACAUCGCUCAAAAACAUGGACUAAUGGGCAAAUCGGUUGAAGAAUCUGCAAUGGUGGAUAUGUUGUUUGAGGCCUACAAAGAUUUCAUCGGAAUUGGUGUCUUGGGAGUACAGUUUAAGAAGACUGAAGAAGAGAAGCAGCAAGACAUAGAAAUGAUCGCAAAGAGAUCUAAGGAGCGAUAUGUGCCCAUGUUUGAAAAGAUCUACGAGAAGAGUACCUCUGGGUUCCUUGUUGGAGACUCGUUGACUCUGGCAGACCUUUGUUGGUUGGAAGUUUUUCUGUGGGUUGUUGAGUUAGUACCAGAGUUGUCUUCCAGUUUCCCGCGUAUGACUGCUUUUGUGAGUAAGAUCUCGUCUCAGCCAAGAGUCAGCGCUUUUUUGAAAGGACCUCAGAGGCACUCCCCGCCUGACCAGCCGUACGUCGCUACAGUCAGGAAGGUGCUGCAAUUUUAGUUAACCAGCAUUGCUCAAACUUAACAUACAAAUACAAUGUCUGGUGGGUCUAACAGUGAAUAUUCCCCACUUUUAAAAAUCAAUACCAACAAAUUUAUUUGUUUUUGUGUUAGUGAUGACAAGUUAAUUAAUAUUUCUUUGUUUGAAUGUUUAUUGUAUUGUUAAAUACUCUUCUAAGAAAGAAACAAGAUCCAGGCAAUAAUUAUAAACCAAAAUCAUGAAACAAUAACAAAUAAAUUUUAAGAAAUCCAUUCUAGGGGUAGAAUCUCUUUGCAAUUUUUGUAUCAUAAGUUUCCAAAUUUAACUAUCUUUGUUCAUCGUUCAACAAUCUGAGGCUGAAUCUUCAUUUGGAAGUGUUUUUUAUGCCCCGCAGUUGGCAAAGCCAUCCAAGGGGCAUACUGUGUCUGACAUGUCUUUCCAUUGAUGUUUGCAACCAUUGACCGUAACUCGAGAAGGACUUUGCAUAUCAACUCCAAACAUUGUGUGCGGGUUGGUCUUUAAAAUCCCCCAGAAGCCUAUUGUUUUGGGACCCCUACCUCAGGUAUCAAGGAUUAAUUGUGUUUACCAAUAACCACUUCGUUUCUUUUUUGUCUAAAAGAUAUUGCACUGAAUUGAAAGUAUUCCUCCUAAAUUCAAAGUUUUGUAUUCAUAUAUUCCUAAGCAGCUUGUAUUAGAAACAUAGAUGACUCGUAAAUCAUCACCCUAUUUGUAUUUUGCUAAAAGCUAGCUCAGUUCCUUGACUUUUAUUAAAAAACUUAAGUGUAUCGAAAGUUAUUGGCUUUUCUAAAACUAGUUAGUUUUACCAAUGUGCAUUAUUGUAUUGUAUGACAGCAUUGGAAUAAAUGUUACUGAAUUAAUAUA